AUGCUCCUCCUCCUCCUCCCCCCCCCCCCCCUCGCCUUCAACUCCCCUACUACAUUUUUCGUUUACAUUUUGCAGUCUCGGGAAAGGCCCUACUCUCCGAAUGCCUCAGGGUGCCAUGGAGUCAAGAUGAACUCGCCAGGCUUUUCACGUCGGAGAGGAUCCGUGCCGGACCCAAUCCUGGGAGAGGAUGCGCCUGCAUACUCGUCCAAACCUACUUCACCCCUCCGAAGGCUCAGCUUCAGCGUGGAUAGAGGAGGAGGAAGGCUGCAGACCUUGAGAGACGAUUUGUCGAAGCUGUCAAGCACACAGAAGAGGAGGGUCGAGCUCGAUGGCAGGUGUGAGGAGCAGUGGGACGAGCAAGACUCGAUGCAGAUGGUGGCGUCGAGACUUCACUCCCCCGACGAGGCCUCGCCGGUUUCAGUCUACGACGACAUCAAGGAAGUUCACUACGACUACUCGAGGCGAUCCAGCAGACAUUCUGUGGACAUGUUCGAAGACAAGAGGCAGCUUGCUCUCAACAAAGUGUUUGAAUGCAUCGAUUCGCUCAACUCCAUGCAAAGACUGUUGGAGCAAGGAAGGAAGCACGGCAGUCAGUUCUGGAUGGUCAAGAUGAGAACGGAAGAGCUCGAUCAUCACAUGAACCUCACUCUGGAUCUUCAGAGAUCGCUGGUGGACCUGAUCGACGACAUGAGAGGGGAGAUUCUCGAUCUGGAUGAAGCUCAUUCCAACCAGAUGAUGAGAUGCGUCAGGCUGGAGGCAAAAGUUCACAUGCUGCAGACCAGGCUCGAUAUGUUGCAGUUGGGAGGAGUGAAACUGGUGAUGCGAAACAUCUCGAAGUUGAGCAAGCACACCUUGAGCUCCUGCCUGCGCUCGUGGGCUGAAGUUUGCAUGCGAAGAGACCAUCUCCUGCGCUUCCGGGAGAUGAAGGAAGUCUACCAGAGAAAGCAUCUCAAGAGGAUCCAGUUCUACCGAUGGCUGAAGUUGCACCUGCGUUGUCAGAGGAAGCAGAGCCAAGCUCGCCUGGCCGACACCUUCCUGAGGAGCACGAUCUUGCGGAGAUGGUGCAGGGAGAGUUCACACAACAUCUUCUUGAAGCGACACUUCCAGUAUCUCGAGAGGAAGAGGAACAGGAGGCGGCUGUCGUAUGGGUUCAACAUCCUGCAUGCCUUCCUCAACGUGCAGGAGAACUGCGACAAGAAGAUCGUGCUGGCAAGCAGCGGGCCGAGAGGCAAUGAGAGGCAGGCGGAGAGCUCGUGUCAGGUUUCGUUUCAAUGGAGGGACUCCAAGGACAUCCGCCUGCUCAAGGAGAACAAACUCAAACGAUCUCGCAACAACAAGCUGAGGAGGGAGGUACUCCGAGCAUGGUGGGCAGCGGUGCGAGGCAGGAGCCUCCGCGAGCUGAGCGAGCACGCGCAGGGGAACCUCGUGGCCCGGGAAAGAGGGAAAGCUGCGGAAGAGAGUCGACAGGAGGCGGAGGAGCUGCAGAAGCAGCUCGACGAGUGGAAGGCGGUGAAGGAGUGGAGGAGGAGGCAAGAGGAAGCUGACGGCAGCCGGUGCCAGGAGAAUCGUAUGCUGCGUCAGGGGAUGGAGAACCUUCAUCACUUCCACCUGAAGCAUUCAUGCUCUCUCUAUGCUAACCUGCGGGGUCAGCUGAAGCUGUGCUUCUUUUUCUACUCGUGGGCUCUCUCAUGCACCAAGAAGAAGUUGCGGCGAAGCUGCAAGGGAGGAGGUGCCUCAGAGACUAGGGCGGUCUGGCGGCCGACCUCAGCGCAUCCCUACCUGUCUAGCAGCCUCUCCUCUCCGACGAGAGUGGAACGAAGCAGGACGUCGCCAGUAAGGAGGAGUCCGCUCCUGCAACGAAGUUGAAGGACUUGAUCAUGGCGAAUCGAUCUGAGAAGGUUUGUUUAAGAAGCCAUUAAAACAUCCGUAGGG